ACCUAAAGCAUAUUAAGCUAAAGCAAAGCGAAAGUUUGACAGAGCAGUAUCAUGGCAGAGAGAUGUUAUGAAACUAUCGGAACGGCUCCACAAGGUGUGAAUGGUAAGGAAGUGACCAGUAAAACUGCAGGAAGUAAUUUGUGUGAUAGUGAAACCAAUAUGUAUGUUGAAGAUAUGUAUGCCUCCUAGUCUUUCUUUGCUGUCAUUUCUGACCAUAGAUAUCAUCUCUAGCGGCGGAACCAUGAGAAAGUUUUACACUGUCAAUGGGGACACUGCUGUGACCAAUGAAUUUACAACCAAACUCAAGAAGGAAGGCAAGACUGAAGUGUCAAAGGAGAAACGUGAGUUCACCCUGGCCUUCUGUCGGAUCAGCACCAGGCCUGGCAUCGACAUCCAGGAGACUCAAGACAAAUGUCCAGAACCUGCAGAUGGUAAGCCAGUUAUCCUGGUGCUGCUGCAUCACACCUUUGAUCCUAAAUAUUGUGACUACCGUGGCCCGGGAAUAAAGAACGAUGCCUCCACCAUUCUCUCUGUGGACCUCCUGUACUACGAAGACCGCCUGCUCAAAUGUCCUCACAAUAAAAGAGGACUCAAACAGGUCCUGGAUGUGGUUGGACGACCGUCCUCGAAGGAGAAAAUCAGGAUGUGGAUCCGUCCCUUCUGUUGUUGCUAGUCAUGCAACAACCCUGAAUAACCGUCGUAACAAUGGAAUCACUAAUCUAUAUAAAUAUUUAAAAAAAUUCUGUAUCAUUGUAAUAAUUGUCCACUACAUAUAAGAAAAUAAUGAUAUCCAAUAAGUUAAACAAGCUCAUAUAUAUAUAUAUAUAUUAGAGCUGUCAGUUAAACGCGUUAUUAACGGCGUUAACGCAAACCAAUUUUAACGGCGUUAAAGAAUUAACGCGCGAUUAACGCAAUUGUUUUAUUUAAAAAAAAAAAAAAGUUUUUUUUUUUUUUCUUUGGCUCAAAACAUAGAAGCAGUAGCCUGACUGCUAUGUUCAAAUGACAUUUGUUCAAAGCAGUCGUUUAAUUGCACUAUAGGCUCUUUUUUUGUAUCGUCCUGUUUUGAUCAGUAUAUGCCAAUGUUGUUAUCAAUAAAAAAUCAUUUGCACAAGGCAAGCCGAUGCACUUCACCAUGUUGAUAAGAUAAUUAAAAUGAGAAGAAUUAUGGGACAAAAAAAUCAAGGGAUAUUUAGCAUAGCAAAAGAAUUUGCGAUUAAUCGCGAUUAAUCGUGAGUUAACUAUGACAUUAAUGCGAUUAAUCACGAUUAAAUAUUUUAAUCGCUUGACAGCUCUAAUAUAUAUAUUCAUGUGUGUGUGUUUGUGUGCAUGUGUUAUUUGUCAUAUAUCAUAACCGGGAUGCAUUUCGUGUUGCUCUGUAUUCCAAUGAUUAAAGCUGUUUAAAUGGAA